AUGAUUUCCGGUCUUCGGCUGGCCAGUUACCGGCUCAUAGGUUUGGCAUUUGGAAGCGUAAUUCUACUCUACUUGUUAUUUCGUCAUGUGGACAUAAAUCGGGGAGAUCUCCAUUUCUAUGGACUUGGUAACAAUGGGCCAAGAAAAGUCCAAUAUGCGGCGUUCGAGGAUAGCGGAGUUGACUUUGCCGACGUCAAGAGAGCUGAGGAAGUUUUGGGCGUCAUGAAGGAGACAUUUUGGAAAUACAGGUCCAAAGCCUGGGGCCACGACGAUAUCAAGCCUAUCUCUGGAAAGCCGAGAGAAACCAGGAAUGGCUGGGGAGCGUUCAUCGUGGACUCUUCAACAACAGUCGCCGUGAUGGGUUUAUCCGCCGAAUUAGAGCUAGAAAUAGACCACAUCAUUGAGAAGAUCGAUUUCGACAAAGCUCGCGGUCUCGUUGACCCAUUCGAGACAACAAUACGAUAUCUCGGUGGCAUGAUAUCUCUCAUCGAACUCAUCGACGGCGGGGUCGCGCCUGACACGCCUCGAAAGAAACGUGAUCGUUUGCUCGACAAGGCUAAGGCGCUGGCUCGAAAGCUGGGCCCGGCUUAUGACACUCCGUCGGGACUACCAUGGCCGCGUAUCGACUUUGAAAAUGACUCCCCUGGCGCGGCUCCAAAAUAUGUCAUAGAGGGCCAUCCGGCAGUGGCUCCAGCACGAGCAGGGACAAACUAUCUUGAAAACCGGGUGCUCAGUCGGCUGACUGGAGACCCCGUCUACACCCUCAAUGCAACAAAGGCAUGGGGUCCAAUGGUCUGGCCCAAAGACCCUGAAGAACUCCCAGGUAUAAUAGACGCUCCUAUCGAUAUCAUCACCGGCAAAGCGGCCGGUCACGACCGGACCUGGGAUUCGGGCCAUGACAGCUACUACGAGUAUCUGAUAAAAGCCUACAUUAUGGCCCCAAACGAGCCGUACGCCGCCACGUACCGAGACCGAUGGAUUCAGGCCGUGGAUUCCCUUCGCAAACACCUGAUAAGUAGAUCAGCUGCGCCAGGCGGAGGAAAAGGUCAUCUCUUUCUCGGGAAGAACAAAGAUGGUGUGUACGAAAAUGAGAUGAGCCACUUGGCUCACUUCGUUCCGGGAAAUCUCCUGCUAGGCGGCAAAUAUCUUGACCGGAAGGAUAUUGUUGAGCUGGGACUCGAGCUUCUAGAAGGAUGCCACCACACAUAUACUGUGACGCCGACCAAGGUUGGACCAGAGAAGUUCUCCUGGAUACCGGAAGAGAGGUCCAAACAGAACGCCUCGGAAACGAUGGAGACCGAGAUACAUCGCAAGCAAUGGGAGCAAUACGGCUUUUGGGCCAACGAGCCAACCUACAAGCUUCGCCCCGAAUACGUCGAAAGCGUCUUCUACGCGUGGCGCCUCACCGGCGACCCCAAAUAUCGAGAGUGGAAUUGGGAAGCCUUCACCGCGAUCCGCGACCACUGCCACGCCGCGCACGGUUACAGCGACCUGCGCGACGUCAUGAACGCGACUGCACCACAAGGGGAUAACAGCGAGAGUUUCUGGACUGCUGAAACGCUCAAGUAUCUCUACCUUACUUUUGUCGAUCCCUCCCAUAUGAAUCUCGACGAAUGGGUGUUUACUACAGAAGCACACCCCGUGCGAAUCUCUACUCCAGAAAUUCGAUAA